AAUCGUUUACGUCUGGAGUUUCCUUUCUCUCACUGAGUAGUGAAUUACUGGAAUUCUCUACCGGAACAAGUAAUAUCAGCACCUUCCGAGGUUGGAUCUGCACAAUGUUACACACUGCAAGGAUUAAUAUAAGUCAACGCACCUACCCUUAUUACUGAGGUCUGGAGUCUCGGUUGAAGGCCGUUCUUGUCAAGGUCAGCCAAACAAUAAUGAUGGAUAGCAAAUCAGCUGGUUUUCGGUUGCCAGAUAUAUGGGAUGACGAUGAUGCUAUGUAUUCGCUUAUGCAACCUAUAAGGCGCUCUAAAGUUAUUGAUCCAGUCAAUUAUAAUGCUAAAAUCACAUUUUGGAAAAGGAUAUUGCUAUCUUAUGCAAAAGAUCACAAGGCAUUUGUAAUAUGUAAACAGUCACUUCAAAAGCUGUUUACUCGACACUUCCCUGUUGAAGGCAUAGAUUUAUACCCUCAAUCACUUGGAGAGGUUAUUUCUGAUUUGGUGUCUGAAGGUGUACUAGGACCAGUAACUCCAAACAGAAGUAUCUUAGGCAAUAUGUUUACGGCCUUCUCAUAUGUUGUACACAGGCCAAUAUCAUGGGCAUAUCACUAUUUAAUUGGUCAGCCAUCCUCUAAUCCAUUAGAGACUGAUACAUCGGGUCAGCAGUUUGUGUUCAGUCAGUUCGCUGAAAAUUCCGCUGUGGAAUUUUUGUCUUGGUUUCAUGACAAUUACCGUGACCAGAGGUUAUUACCACAUUCAGCUGUGUAUGACCUAGAGCUUUUUAACUCAGCCUUGUCAAACUUUUAUUCCCAUGUGGCCACUCGUGAAUACAUAUUUGAUUUAUUGAGUAAUAUCAAACACUGCGUUUCUGUGGAAACCACGCCUGCUUCAGAUUCCCAACCGAUUCAGAUUAUUCGCGUUGGUGAAGAUAUUAAUAGCCGACCGAACAAACCAACUAAUCCAGACGCUGCAAAAAUAGAAUCAUCUGCACUAAGUGGGAUUGUCCAACUCAAAUCUACAAUUAAACAGCUUGAAAAUGAAGAGAAAAGAUUGGAAACUGUUAUAGAACAACGUCGAAGUCAUAUCAAGUCCUUAUUGCUAGAUAAGAGGAAUUCAGAAGCAAAAUCUCUAUUACGUCGGACGAAGGUGUUAGAGAAAUCUCUAGAACAAAAGCAAUUACAACUUAAUAAUCUGGAAACAAUGUUGAUUGAUAUAGAAUCUGCAACAGAAAACAGGAAUAUUGUACUUGUUCUAAAUAGCGUUAAUGAAGCUCUCAGACAAGCUGUAGGAGGAUCUAAUGCUUUGAGUAAAGCAGAAGGUGUAAUGAAUGACGUAAUGGAUAGAAUUCAAGAAAGUCAAGAGAUCUCAGAUGUUGUUUCCAGUUUUGGACGUACCUCUAUUGGAUUGGAAGAUAUGAGCGAUUUGGAACAAGAACUUGACAAUUUCCUUGUUGAACCGAAGAAACCAUCACCGGGAAAAACACAACCGAGCUUUGGUGAUUUAGAAGCUGAACUUGCUGCUCUUAAGUUAGUAACAGAUGAGGUAGCAUCAUUAACUGAUCAAAAUUCAUCAUCUAAACAAAACCGUAUCAUGAUUGAUAAGUGAGGGAUUUACUGAGAUGUGACCAUCGUUUCGAUUCUAUGUUAUUUCAACGUGUCUUAUCUACACUCCUGAGCUUUCAUAUAAAAAUUCUAGUAUAAAACGUGAGGAGAAUAUGCGGAAUAUUUUGUAUUGAUUCAGAAAUCCAUCAUACAUAUAUAUAACUAAAUAUUUUCCAGAUUGUUUUUCUUUUGUCUUUGUAAAUUAUAACAUUUUACAACAUACUUUUUUUAUUCCAAUAACUAUAAUAACUAUCGAUAUUACUUUAAACUAUAUUCUCUUCACUGGAUUACAGUGUCUCUUAUCUGACAUCGUAACAAACAUUAGAAACAAUAACUGUCAUUUCCAUACUCUUAGUAGUCAACACUUGUCUGCUUAUGCUAUUUUUAUUCUAAGGAUAAGCAUAUUUCUAACUAAAGUAUAGUAAAGCAAAGAAGUAAGUGUCUUUUGCUUGUUUUGUUUUAAUAGAUCAAUUGGUGUUUGUUCGAAUCGCACACUUUAUUUCUUUUGGUGGAAGUUUACAUUCAUGGAAUAUGUCUACCUUUUUUAGGUCAAGAUUUUGAAUCUCAACUACAUUUAAUAAGCUCAUUUUAGAUACUAACAAUUGCAUUAUUCAAUAAUGUAUGCUUGGCAAAGUAAGGGAUCCUGUGUAUAAAAUAUUUCAAUUAUUCCCUCUG